AUGGCUUUUGUCAAUGCCCGACGAUGUCUAUCAACCCUUUUAAGCCGCGCCCUCACUUCUUCUUCUUCUUCUUCCUCCUUUCCUUCCCGUUCUCGCCUCACUGCUACUCUCCUCAACAAAACCCCAGUUUUUAUCCCCGAAGCAACCAAAAUCCUGACCCGAACCAAGACAUCCGGGUCCGGCUACUCGACUUCGAGCGACCUUUUCCGAUCACCAGCUGCUUUCCUAGAUGGCGUCGAUUAUGAACAUUGGCUUAUCAUUUUGGAAUUCCCAGAACGCCCACAACCUUUGGAAGAAGAAAUGGUCGAUACCUAUGUUAAAACGCUUCUUGAAGAGGAAGCGAAAAAGAGAAUAUACUCUGUUUGUACAACGCUGUACACUGGGUUUCGUGCUUUUUUCUCAAAGGAUUUGAUUUUUGAACUUAGAGGGUUACCUCGUGUACGCUGGGUUUUAUCAAUUGAGUAUUUGGAUGACGAAGAUCGUUUUUUUGAAGGUGGGUAG